AUGAAGUGUGUGAUUGGGGGGACCCACCUCAGAGUGUUUGGACGAGCAAUACAUGCCAUAGCACGAAUUAGUGAUGAGUUUUGGUUUGACCCAAAUGAAAAAGGUCUUGCUCUAAGAUCAGUGAAUUCUUCUAUGUCAGCGUAUGCAUGUGUCUUCUUUUCAUCUAUGUUUUUUCAACAUUACUGCUGGACAGCUGAACCUGAACUGUGUCAGAAAAAAAGACAGUUACACCUUACGUGUAAAUUAGUAAUGAAGUCAGUCCUCCCUGUGUUUAGAUGUCUAAACACACUAGAAAGGAAUGUAGAGAAGUGCAACAUUUAUACAAAUGUUAAUGAUUGUCAUAUAACUUUUAAGCUCUUCUGCAAACAUGGUAUUGUAAAAACUCAUAACCUGGCUUUUCAUGAAAGUGAACCUUUACAAGCUGUUUUUUCAAGGCACAUGUGUCCUAAUAUACUGAAGAUCCAAUCAAGGCUGCUGACUGAUGUAAUGAUUCAUUUUCCAACCUGUCAAGAGGAAGUAACUGUAGCUGUUACACCAAUGAAAGUUUGUUUCAAGAGUUAUACUGAGGAAGAAAUCGAUUUUUCAAAGGCUAUGCACACUAAAAUACAUCUUAAUCCAGAUGAAUUUGACUACUUUCAAAUUGGAGUAGACUCUGAAGUAACAUUUUGCCUUAAAGAACUGAGGGGUCUACUAUUAUUUGCAGAGGCUACUAGCGCUACUGUCUCAAUUCAUUUUGAUGUGUCUGGAAAACCAAUUGCUUUCAGUAUUGAGGACAUGAUGGUAGAAGCCAGCUUUGUUUUGGCUACAUUAGCUGACAUUGAAAAUAGGGAAUCCUCUCAGCAAUCUCUAUGCCUUUCACAAAGACAGAAAAGGCCUACCUUGAUGAAGGCCUAUGCAGAUAAUGUUGAAAAUGUCUCAAACAACUCUGCAGAUAAUGAUAGUAAUACAGAAACAAUAGCUUCAAAAAAGCCUUGUUGGAUUGAAAGAGCACAUAGCAACACGCAGUCACCUGUAGAGUCUAGGAAACCUAUGUCAAAAGGAGCUAUUAUUCCCAUAAUCUCAAAAAAAGACAUGAAGAACAUAGAAGUAUUGGACAUGAGUGCAGCAGGUGACAUUAAAAUUGUGGAGGCAGUAGUACCCUCAUAUUCUGAUCAGUACAAGGAAUAUUUUGUGUGUACAAAAACUCACUUUAUUAAAUAUUGCAUUUUCCAGUUUCAUUCACUUUUCUUUGGAGCAGUUUCAUUUAAGGAGCAAGAUGUCAUCAGCCACACACUCCAUAGUUUGGCCACAGCUAGUGAUGCCGAAGAUGAUUUUGACAAUGAGCAGCUCUCCCACGUUGCCUAGGGAUACGUAGUGCCUGUACAACCGUUGCACAGAUGUUUACAUUCUUUUUAGGUAUUAAAGUGUAUUUUACAUGCAUAAUGAAUAGCUACGGUCUAUUUUAUAAACUUGUUGCAACACUUCCAUUAUGGAAAUUUCCUAGGGUUUUCUAUUUUUAGAUUACAUAGAAAUUAGAACAGUAAAUAGAAACUGCUGUUGAUAUUUGUAUUUUAUAUUCUAACCUAUUACUAGUGUUAGUGAUUUUGAGUUUAACACCUAAGAAGGCUAGAGUUUCAAGCUCUCAAGUGAACAGAGCUUGUUUGAUUGUGCAGGUUCCCUCUUCUGCAAUAAAAAUACAUAAAAGGGACUGGUUAAGACUCUUCAAUGAUUCAGUGUUUUAUCAUUUCCUGUUAUAGUCACAGGUUAAAACAUGUAAAUAUUUUAUAUUCCAACUUAUGUGGAAGUUUAACAAAUAUGUAAUAUGCAUCCAUAAAGCUUUAAGCACGAGUGUUUUACCCUCUGUCAUUACCAUUCUAUGUCAGCCAGUUGUAUGGAUAUGUCAUCUUGAAACUGUAGUUGAAAUUUUCAUUUUCAUCUCAGUACUGGUGUAGUGCUGGAUUAAGAAUUUUAGAUUGUCAAGUACACAUGAUAGCCCUAAAAUGGGUUAGGAGUGGUGUUUUAGAGCAGGGGUUCUCAAACUUCAUUGUACCACAACCCCCCUGCCAACAAAAAAAUACUACACAACCCCCGAAGGGGGGGACUGAAGUCCGAGCCUGCCUGAGCCCUAUUGCCCCAAUUGGCAGGGGCCCAAAGCCAGAGCCCUACCACCCCGGGGGUAGGAGGGGCAAAGCCAAACCCCCAAGGGCUUCAGCCCCAGGUAGGGGGGCCUGUAACCUGAGCUCCACCACGUAGGGUGGAAGCCCUCAGGCUUUGGCCCCAAGUCCCAGCAAGUCUAAACCAGCCCUGGCAACCCCAUUAAAACAGUUACGACCUAGUUUGGGGUCUCAACCCAGUUUGAGAAUCACUGUUCUGGAGGCUCCAUAGUUGUUAUAGUCACCUGAACUACUGAGUACACGGCUUCAGGAGAAUUAAGGCUAUACAUGUGACAUUCAAAGUACUGGGGUAGCAAAUCCAUGCAUUCUAGCUAGGGCUGUCAAUUAAUCGCAGUUAACUCAGGCCAUUAACUCAAAAAUUAAUCGCGAUUA